AUGAAGGUCUCUGCUGUCUUAGCCCUCUCCGUGGCUGGCUCCACACUCGUUCAGGCUUUGCCCCACGUCCACAAGAGAGCAAACACCCAAGAAGCGCCUUGCUCCACUGCUCAUGCUCACCGUGCCGGUAAACGUGCCGUUGCCGUUGAGUAUGUGUACCAAACUGUCACUGUUGAUGGCCAGGGCCAAACUAUGAGUUUCCCAACCACUACUUUGACUGGUUCUACCACUGCUGCUGCCAGCAGUGCUUCCUCCUCAGCUGCUGAAACUUCCUCCGUUGCCAGCACUACCUCUUCGGCUGUCGCAUCUUCUGCUUCUCCAUCGUCCGUUGUCAGCACUGCUUCCUCGAGCUCUGCUGUUCAGACUUCUUCGAGCUCCGCUUCGAGUUCGUCAGCUUUCUCCUCUAGUUCUGCUCCUUCGAGUUCUGCUACUUCCAGCUCUGCUACUUCCAGCUCUGCUACUUCCAGCCCUGCUCCUUCGAGCUCUGCUGCCUCGAGCUCUGCUGCCUCGAGCUCUGCUGCUUCGAGCUCUGCUGCCUCGAGCUCUUCCUCUACUUCUAGCGCCACUUCUUCCAAGUCGGCUUCCUCUGGCGGUAUCAACGGCGAUCUGUCUGCUUUCUCUGCUCCAUCUGAAGGAUUCCAAGAUGGUACCAUUGCUUGUAGCGACUUCCCAUCUGGUCAAGGUGUCAUUUCUCUUGACUGGUUAGGAUUUGGUGGCUGGUCCGGUGUUGAAAACUCGGACGGUUCCACCGGUGGUGACUGCAAGGAGGGUGCUUACUGCUCUUACGCUUGCCAAUCAGGUAUGUCCAAGACUCAAUGGCCAUCCACCCAACCUGCCAGUGGUGUCUCCAUCGGCGGGUUGCUAUGUAAGAACGGUUUCCUUUACCGUUCCAACACUAACACUCAAUACUUGUGUGAAUGGGGUAUGGAUAUGGCUGAUGUCGUGUCUGAAUUGGACCAAGACGUUGCUAUCUGCAGAACCGACUACCCAGGUACCGAAAACAUGGUGAUCCCAACUUACGUGCAAUCUGGCUCUACCAUGCCAUUGACUGUUGUUGACGAAGACACCUACUACCAAUGGAAGGGUAUGAAGACCUCUGCUCAAUUUUACGUCAACAACGCUGGUGUUUCUUUGGAAGAUGGUUGUGUUUGGGGUACCUCUGGCUCCGGUGUCGGUAACUGGGCACCAUUGAACUUUGGCGGUGGUUACACUGACGGUAUUGCUUACUUGGCCUUGAUUCCAAACCCUAACAACUACCAAGCUUUGAACUACAACGUCAAGAUUGUUGCUGCUGACUCUAACAGUGUUGUCUUGGGUGACUGCAAAUACGAAAACGGUAAAUACAACAACGGUGGUUCCGAUGGUUGUACUGUUUCUGUCACCAAGGGUAAAGCGAACUUUGUGUUGUACAAUUGA